AUGGCGUGGAUGCUGGACUGCCUUUUCGCGUCGGCCUUCGAGCCCCGCCCCCGCCGUGUGAACGUCCUGGGAGGAGCCCCAGGACACAACCCGAACCGCAGGGCCAAGAUGAUCUCAAUACAUAGCCUCUCCGAGCUGGAGCGUCUGAAGCUGCAAGAGGCUGCUUACCACGAACUCGUGGCCAGGCAGUUCCUCUCUGAAUUCAAACCUGAAAGAGCUCUGCCUACUGACCGUCCAAACACCUUGGAGAAGUGGUUUCUGAUUCUGAGAGGACAAGAGAGGGCCGUAUCUCUCAAGACCUUUGGCAUUCGUCUGGAAGAGGUCCUGGUGAACGAGCUUACCCGCCGCAAGCAAGUUGAACUGAGAGCCACGAUGCAGAUUGAAGAAGCCGCCGGUCCCGCUACUAGCGGUCGUCGUCGGGGAAACGCGGUGCAAAGGAUGUUUGGCCGCAUCCGGCGCUUUUUCAGUCGCCGACGGGAUGAGCCCUUCCUGCCCCGGGAGUUUACUCGCCGUGGGCGUAGAGGCGCAGUCUCUGUGGACAGCCUGGCUGAACUGGAGGAUGGGGCUCUGCUACUGCAGACCCUGCAACUUUCCAGGAUUUCCUUUCCAAUUGGCCAGCGACUUCUGGGAUCCAAAAGGAAAAUGAGCCUCAAUCCGAUUGCUAAGCAAAUCCCCCAUGUUGUUGAGGCUUGCUGCAGCUUCAUAGAGAAACAUGGCUUAAGCACAGUGGGGAUUUUCACCCUGGAAUAUUCUGAGAAGAGAGUGCGUAAGCUCCGUGAAGAAUUUGACCAAGGCCUGGAUGUGGUGCUGGAUGACUCUCAGAAUGUACACGAUGUGGCCGCGCUCCUCAAGGAGUUUUUCCAGGACAUGAAGGACUCGUUGCUGCCGGAUGACCUGUACAUGUCCUUCCUCCAGACAGCCACGCUGAAGCCACAGGAUCAGCUUUCUGCCCUGCAAUUGCUGGUUUACCUGAUGCCACCUUGCCACAGUGACACCCUAGAGCGUCUGCUGAAGGUCCUGCAUAAGAUCACUGAGAACUGCGAGGACUCCAUUGGCAUUGAUGGACAGUUGGUUUCAGGCAAUCGUAUGACGUCCACCAAUUUGGCUUUGGUGUUUGGAUCUGCUCUCCUGAAGAAGGGGGCAUCUGCCAAGAGGGAGUCCAGGAAAACCAGACUGGGGAUUGACCACUAUGUUGCCUCUGUCAGUGUGGUCCGUGCCAUGAUUGAUAACUGGGAUGUCCUCUUCCAGGUGCCUCCCCAUAUUCAGAAGCAGGUUGCUAAGCGUGUGUGGAAAUCCAGCCCUGAAGCCCUUGAUUUUAUCAGACGCAGGAAUUUGAGGAAGAUCCAGAGUGCACGGAUAAAAAUGGAAGAGGAUGCUUUACUUUCUGACCCAGUGGAAACCUCUGCUGAAGCCCGGGCUGCUAUCCUUGGUCAAAGCAAGCCCUUUGAUGAAGGUUCCUCUGAGGAGCCAGCUGUGCCUCCCGGCACUGCCCGUUCCCAUGACGAUGAGGAAGGAGCGGGUAACCCCCUCAUUCUGGAGCAAGACCGCCCAUUGCUCCGUGUGCCCCGGGAGAAGGAGGCCAAAACUGGCAUCGGCUACUUCUUUCCUUAGAUGUUUUUCCUUCUCUAUGGUGCCGGACAGGGGGAAAGGGUGGGGGUAGACCUGGGAUGUCACAGGAAACAUUAAGGAGUCUUGAAGGUAAAGAUCUGAGGGUAAGAAGGAGUUCUACCUGAUGCUCGGGUCAGGGUGAGAAUUCCAAACACAUUGCCAGCCCCUUUCCUGGGGGAUGUUUGGUUCCUUAUGCUGGUAAAAGCAGAGAUGUUUCUGUGUCAUGCUCAGGCACCCUGGUGCUACCUUGCCUCUCUCUUUUACCCCUGAUCCUGGCUUUCCCCUUACUGCAGCCGUCCCUUUAAUUGAUGUGACAUUUGUGGUAAAAUACCUGUCCCAGAGAAGCUCACAAAUCUCGAGGUGCUUUCCCUCCCCCAAAGGGGAUUGCAUGCUUUUCCUGACUUUCCUACCCUCCUCCUAAGAGCUCAAUUGGAAAGGCCCUCAAGAGGCAUGCUAGGAUGUUAGGUCAGCCUCCUGACAGCUGACUAACAAUUAAUGCUAGAUUGUGUCACACCAACUCAUAGACGUGUCCCCACAGUCACUCCACUGUGAUUGGAUAAAUUUUCCAAAUCAUUUAGGCCAGUGGUUCUUCAAACAGUCACUCCCCCAAAUACUGAGAAACCCAACAUGCUUUUCUGAAGUCAAAAGUUAGAGGAAAAAUUUGACUUUAUUUCCUAGAUCCAUUUUACAGAGAGCUGGCAGGCAUAUCCUGUUAUCAGCAAAACAGCUCGUUAGGUAUGAACACAUAGUUCCAAGCAGUAAAACUCACUUGAUUACAAAAGUUCUAAAUUAUCGUCUCUGUAGUUCCUCUAUGCGGGACGGUACAAAUUUGCAGGACAUGCUCCGGUAACACACAGAUAUGGGUUACGUAUGACAUCCAAAAUUAUAGCUGUUAUUGAGGGGUAACAACAGCCAAGGUCCAUAGAAUGAAGAAUGUACUGUAUUGAGGGAUAGAAAUUGAUCACACAAUGGGUAACAACCUCAG